AUGCCAGAAAACAAACCGUUCCAACGUCUUCCAAAAAAUGUCGUGCCUGAGCAUUAUGAACUACAUUUGGUGCCGAAUCUUGAAAAGUUUACAUUUACAGGAAAGACUAGGGUGAAAGUAUCGAUUGUUAAUUCUACCAAACAAAUAGUAUUGAACAGCUUAGACUUGGAUUUAACAUAUGUAAAAUUACAAUACGAUGAUGGUGGUGCAAUUACAACACUCGAUCCGCAAGAGGUACGUUUGGAGCCGGCUGACGAAACUGCGGUUAUUCUAUUCGAUAAACCACUGCCUGAAGGUGUCGCUACACUAUUCUGCGAGUUUACGGGCGAGAUAAAUGAUAAAAUGAAAGGUCUUUAUCGUAGCAAAUACCUUACACCAGGAGGCGAGGAACGUUACGCCGCUGUUACCCAGUUCGAGGCGACGGACGCCCGGCGAUGUUUUCCUUGUUGGGAUGAACCAGCCAUUAAAGCUACGUUCGAUAUAACAUUAGAGGUUCCAGCAGAUCGUGUCGCACUCUCAAAUAUGCCCGUUAAAAAAGAAGUGGUCAAUGGGGAUAAAAAAGUAAUGCAAUUUGAUACUACACCAAUAAUGUCUACCUACCUUGUAGCAGUUGUGGUAGGAGAAUAUGAUUAUGUGGAAAAAACUUCUCGUGAUGGUGUUCUAGUCCGUGUCUACACACCUGUGGGUAAAAGUAAGCAAGGUCUAUUUGCGCUUGAAGUUGCAGCCAAAGUAUUACCUUACUAUAAAGAAUACUUCGAUAUUGCCUAUCCUCUACCUAAAAUAGACUUGAUAGCUAUAGCAGACUUCUCCGCUGGAGCAAUGGAAAAUUGGGGCCUUGUGACUUACAGAGAAACAUGUCUCCUGGUUGAUGAAGAGCACACAUCAGCUGUUCGCAGACAAUGGAUUGCGUUAGUUGUGGGACAUGAACUUGCGCAUCAGUGGUUUGGCAACCUUGUUACCAUGGAAUGGUGGACUCACCUAUGGCUUAACGAAGGAUAUGCAUCAUUUGUUGAAUUUUUAUGUGUGAACCAUCUUUUCCCUGAGUAUGACAUUUGGACUCAGUUUGUCACGGAGACAUACAUAAGAGCACUGGAAUUAGAUUGUCUAAAGAAUUCUCAUCCAAUCGAGGUACCAGUGGGCCAUCCAUCAGAAAUUGAUGAAAUCUUUGAUGAUAUUUCUUAUAAUAAGGGGGCUUCUGUAAUCCGUAUGUUACACAAAUAUAUAGGAGAUGAUGAUUUCCGCAAGGGUAUGAACAUUUACUUAACAAAACAUCAGUACAAAAAUACAUUUACUGAAGAUUUAUGGGCAGCAUUGGAAGAAGCUUCUAAUAAACCAGUAGGGGCUGUGAUGUCAACAUGGACUAAGCAAAUGGGAUUUCCAGUCGUAGAAGUAAAUUCUGAACAAAGAGGGUCAGACCGUGUUUUAAAGUUGACACAGCAAAAGUUCUGUGCCGAUGGCAGCCAAGGGGGAGACACACUUUGGAUGGUGCCCAUUACUAUCUCCACACAAGAGCAACCGUCUAAGGUGGCAUUGUCUACGGUGCUCGAUAAACGUUCGCAAGAAGUCGUGUUAGAGAAUGUCGCUGAAGAUUCAUGGGUGAAACUUAAUCCGGGCACGGUGGGGUACUACCGCACGCGCUACCCGGCCGCCAUGCUGGAGCAGCUGGUGCGCGCCGUGCGCGACGGCUCGCUGCCGCCGCUCGACCGCCUCGGCCUGCUCGAUGACUGCUUCGCGCUCGUGCAGGCCGGACACACGCCCACCGCAGAGUCAUUAAAGCUGAUGGAGGCAUUUACAAAUGAAACAAACUUCACUGUUUGGUCAUCGAUAUCAAACUGCAUGUCCAAAUUAAGUGCUUUAUUCUCACACACUGCUCUGGAUAAACCGCUGAAGAACUAUGGACGGAAGUUAUUCUCCAACAUCACUAAAAGACUGGGCUGGGACGCUGAGGAAAAGGAAAGCCACUUGGACACUCUUCUCAGGAGUUUGGUACUCAACAAAAUGAUAAGCUUUGAAGAUCCAGAAACUAUUAAGGAAGCUAAGAUUCGGUUCGAGAGGCAUAGCUCGGGCGCGCGCACGCUGCCGGCGGACCUGCGCUCGGCGUGCUACCGCGCGGCGCUGGCGGACGCGGACGCGGCGGGCUUCGCGCGCUUCCUGCAGCUGUACCGCGCCGCCGACCUGCACGAGGAGAAGGACCGCAUCAGCCGCGCGCUCGGUGCCGUCACCGACCCCGCCUUGCUCAAGCGUGUUCUCGACUUUGCUAUAUCGGAUGAAGUGCGAUCACAAGACACAGUGUUCGUGAUCGUGUCAGUGGCGGUCAGCAAGCAUGGCCGUGACUUAGCGUGGCAGUUCUUCAAAGAUCACUGGCAAGAAUUCAUGGACCGUUAUCAAGGUGGUUUCCUGCUAGCUCGGCUGGUGAAGUCUACAACGGAGAACUUCGCGUCGGAGGCGCACGCCGCAGACAUCGAGGAGUUCUUCCGCACGCACGCGUCGCCCGGCACCGAGCGCUCCGUGCAGCAGGCGCUCGAGAGCGUGCGCCUCAACGCGGCCUGGCUGCGCCGCGAUCUCGCCUCCGUCGACGCAUACCUGCGCCCCUACCAC